ACUGCUGCUGUUUUUCACAUUAAAAGCCUUCCUUUGGUUCAGGCUGCAGGAAGGCUUUUAUUGUGAAACAUCUGCAGGAAGUGUCACUAACAGCUUCACACAGAGAAAACACACUCAGCUGAUUGAUUUGAGAUAGUUUCUGGGGAGUGGAUCUGUUAUCAGCAGCUUGAUGAUCUGGUCAAAGUGCGUCCUGCACGUCCUGUGUGGACUCGGUGAAUCUGCAUCCAGUCCGCUCAGCUCGGAGAAGCGUUCAGGAAUGACUGAAGGGAAGAGUCAGUGGAAGGAGUUUGUGGAGGCGGUCAGUGUUCUGCAAUGGGUGCUGUCCUUCCUCUUCUUAGGACUGACCUGCAUCAUCCUGAUGGUGUACCUCAUGUUCACCUCGCUGUGGCCGCUCCCCGCUCUCUACUUCACCUGGAUGGUGCUGGCCGACUGGCAGACACCUGAAAGAGGAGGGAGGAAGAUGACGUUCGUGAGGAGGUGGAGGGUCUGGGAUCACUACAGAGAUUAUUUUCCUGUCAAACUCGUGAAGACCGCCGAGCUGAGCCCGGACAAGAACUACGUCCUGGGUUGUCAUCCUCACGGCAUCAUGAGCGCCGGGGCCUUCUCCUGCUUCUCCACAGAGAGCAGCGGCUUCGCUCAGACGUUUCCCGGGAUGCGAGCUCGCCUGGUGGUCCUGGCGGGAAUGUUCAGGAUCCCUCUCUUCAGGGAGUACUUAAUGUGUGCAGGUAUUUGUCCAGUCAGCAGACCGAGCCUUGUCCACCUCCUGUCAAAGACGGGGAAGGGGAACGCGGUGGUGAUCAUCAUAGGGGGCGCUGCAGAGUCUCUGUCAUCGUGUCCUGGAGCCAACACACACACAGUGGUGGUGAAGGACAGGAAGGGGUUUGUCCGGGUCGCCCUGGAGUUCGGGGCUGAUCUGGUGCCGGUCUACUCAUUCGGGGAGAACGAGCUCUUUCAGCAGGUGAUCUUCUCAGACGGCAGCCUCGGUCGGAGGUUACAGGACCUGUUCAAGAGGAUCGUGGGUUUCGCUCCCUGUCUGUUCGUCGGUGAGCGCAUGGCGUUCCUGCCCUACAGGACUCCGGUCACCACUGUCGUGGGGAGUCCGAUCCCAGUGCCAAGGCGAGUCACGCCUACUCAGGAGGAGGUGGACCACUAUCACAGACUGUACAUGGAGGGACUGUCCAAGUUAUUCCACCAACACAAGGUCAGCUGUGGACUCCCUGAAAGUCACAAGCUUCGGAUCAUUUAGACAUUUCUGUCCCACAUGAACAGUUUCUCUGCUCCUGUGACGGGAACACGUCGACCCUGACGCUCUCUGGAUUUAAUUUAUUGAAAUCAUUAAAGCUGCGACGAACACGCUUCAGGACUCGUGUGUUUCUAAUGUGAUCAGAGUGAAAAAGCAACAUGUGAACAAUAAAAAGUGAUGCUGGUCAAAAUGUUUGCAUGCUUGUGUUUUCAUA